AACCGGUAUUCCAUGCCGGUCACUCGCUCAAGAACUGGAUUUUACGAUAUGAAUCUUGAUCAGACAAACACAACGCGCUUUUUGUUUGGCGACGACGAACCACACCACCUGACAUCCGGCUACGCUGCUGACGAGAGCUUCCCCACGCUUGUUCGUCGUGACGACCAAUUCAACAGCAUGUCUGCUAUUAAUGGGCACUCCAUUAGCCAAACUGGCGACACAGGCAACAUUGGAAGUCGCCCUGCAUCCUUUCGGCACUCUCUGGAUCUCAAGUACAUCUCAGAGAAUUCGAAUGAGACUGCUGGCGCUUCUCAAGCAGUCCAACCACCUCCUAAGCUCCACAGCUCUUAUUCUGCCAACGACAUCCCUACUGUCAAGAACCCUGCAGGGGCCUCCAUGUUAAACGGUGGCGCAAACAACCACGCUCAGCAGCACUUUCAUAAUCAUAAUGCGAGCAUCGGUCGCAUUCCUGCUGGAGCACUACCAGUUCGACAUGCUCGCGAGUUGUCCAACGAUAAUAACAUCAGUGCUACUCGAGAGCAGGCUGGCGUCUUCCCGUCCAUCAACUCAGCCCUUCAAGCUAGCGCUGCUCCGUUUGGGCCAACAAUGGCAUCCGUGGCACCUCAACCUGCCACUCCUCAUGCCGCCGCAUCUGUGACUUCUCCUGGCAGUGCGGCGUCGACGAGUUCGUACAAUACCAACUUCUACCCGACAAAUAGCUUUCCAACCCCGAGUUCUACUUCAAGCCCUGCGUAUGGUGCUCAUUCGCUCUCUGCCGGGAUGCAGCAAAUGAACAUUAACGGGACCAAUGGCGGGACCAACGGCAGCGGCGCAUACACGUCGCAGAAUUAUCUUCCCUACGGUAAUGCAUCCUACGGCCAGGGCAAUCAGCAUCGCGACAGCCAGGCUCGCGUUAUUCAGCAUCGUCGACAGCUAGAUAACGAAACAAUGUCUCGGUAUCAUAAUAUGCCACUGGAUUCGUUUCGGGGCCAGAUUUAUGAGUUGUGCAAAGAUCAGCACGGCUGCCGCUACCUCCAAAAGAAGCUGGAAGAACGCAAUAGCGAUCAGGUUCACAUGAUUUGGCUCGAGACCAAUCAGCAUGUCAUAGAGCUCAUGACGGAUCCGUUUGGUAAUUAUUUGUGCCAAAAGCUCCUCGAGUUCUGCAAUGACGACGAAAGAACUGUUUUAAUCCAGAACGCAUCCCAGAGAAUGGAGGACAUCGCUCUGAACCAGCACGGGACGAGAGCCCUACAGAAGAUGAUUGAGUACGUCAGUACUCCUCAACAAAUCCAUCUCAUUAUCGAGGCUCUCCGCAAUCGAGUUGUGAAGCUCAUCAAGGAUCUGAACGGCAACCACGUCAUCCAGAAGUGUCUUAACAAGCUCACUGCUACUGACGCCCAGUUCAUUUUCGAUGCUGUCGGCAACGGGGACAAGUGUGUUGAAGUUGGCACCCACAGGCAUGGCUGCUGUGUGCUUCAGCGCUGCAUCGACCACGCAACGGGCGAGCAAAAGCUCUGGCUGAUCCAACGCAUCACUGAGCAUGCGCGCAUACUGGUUCAAGAUCCAUUUGGGAACUACGUUGUCCAAUACAUCAUUGAUCUCAAUGAACCCACCUUCACUGAGCCCAUUGUUGGCAUGUUCCAAGGCUGCAUCGCCCAGCUCUCCCGCCACAAAUUUAGCUCUAAUGUUAUUGAGAAGUGCCUGCGCUGUGCUCAAGCUCCUUCGAAAGACAUGAUCGUGGAAGAGCUACUGUCUCAGCCCGAGAUGGAGCGCCUUCUUCGCGAUUCAUUCGCCAAUUAUGUCAUACAGACAGCUCUCGAAUUUUCCACUCCUCAUCAGAAAUACCGUCUUGUUGAGGCUAUCCGACCUAUUCUUCCACAGAUUCGUACGACUCCACAUGGACGCCGUAUCCAAGCGAAGAUUGCCGCUUAUGACAAUCGCGGAAGCGCUGCCUCGAGUGGACAAGUCACUCCUUCUGACAAUACGGGUGGCCAAAUUCCACUGCGUCCUAGUCACAACCGAGGAAUUUCUGGUCCUGGAGUGCUCCCCCCUAUUGGCCCUAAUGCCAGUGUCAACACCAACGGGACGUCGGCCUCUAGUAUUGGAAGCCAGGGCACGCGCCAGCAGGUGCCUCCUCCAUUCACCAGCAGUACCUCGAUGCCAGCAUCCUCGACAACCUCCAGUUCGAAUGGCUCUGUCCAGCCUCCCCCAUUCAUUCAAAGAUAUAGCCAGGGCGCCUCUGCUAACCCUUCUUCGGUGGAUGGUGGUGAGACAUACUGGGUGUAA